UCCCCUUAAAGGUGUUGGUAUAACAGUAAUAAUAAUAAGGUUUCAGUUAAGCAACUCUAAACACCCUUCCAAAGCCAGCUCUGGGACCUUGAACUAGUUCCUCACCCUUUGCAGAUCUGUUCCCCUUCUGUGAUACGAGGACCUUGGGCUGGUCUUUAAAGGUCCUUCUAGUUAUAAGAUGCUCAGAAUGCCAUAGUCCCUUGCAGUUGUCUCAAGCAGUGGGAUCUCACAGGUUCAUGAGACAGGAGAACUCCAAGGGAUCUCUCAUUCCUGUUCAGGGGUCCACCCAGAGGACCCACCACUGAGACCCCAACACACUUUUUGCCCCACCCCGGCCCCAGAACCCCCAUACCCCGCAGCCCAGAGUUCCCCCAGUCUGGACACAUGCUGUCAAAGUCCUCACCUUUUCCCCAGAGGUGGACAGCCCAGGGACAUGAGUGUCCAGCUUGCAGGGUCAGGGGGUGCUGUAUGGGCAUCCCCAUCAUCUCCUUGUUUGUGUCUCUGCAGGUGAGCGGCGGGUCCUCCUUUACACGAAGUCAGGACUCUGCACGUGGGCAGGCUGGCUCCGCUGUUCUGCUCCAAGGAUUACAUGUCCUUCAAACGUCCCUGUCCCUUAGCUCGGUAUAACCGCACCAGCUACUUCUAUCCCACGUUCUCAGAGAGCUCGGAGCACAGCCACCUGCUCGUGUCUCCUGUAUUGGUGGCAAGUGCAGUCAUAGGUGUGGUCAUCAUCCUCUCCUGCAUCACCAUCAUCGUGGGCAGUAUCCGCAGGGACCGGCAGGCCCGGCUCCAGCGUCACCGCCACCGCCACCGCCGCCACCAUCACCACCACCAUCGCCACCGCCGCCAUCACCAUCGAGAGUACGAGCAAGGAUACGUGUCUGAUGGGCACACAUACAGCCGCUCGGGCCACAGGAUACGCUACACCUGCAGCCCUGCUGAGGAUUGGUCCCCACCGUUGGACCUCAGUUCUGAUGGGGACAUGGAUGCCACAGUGCUUCGAGAGCUGUACCCAGAUUCUCCACCAGGUUAUGAGGAGUGUGUGGGGCCAGGGGCCACUCAGCUGUACAUCCCCACGGAUGCACCACCGCCCUACUCGCUGACCGACUCCUACCCCAUGCUGGAUAGCGUCACGAGCGCGGGCAGCGGCCACAGCCACGGCCGACACCAGCAGGCACAGAGGAUCCUGGGCCAGGGUGGCCUCCGCACUGUCUCCAUGGAUACCCUGCCCCCUUAUGAGGCUGUGUGUGGAGUCAGCCCUCCGUCAGGUCUGCUGCCGCUGCCGGGACCAGAACCAGGGCCAAGGAGCUCCCAGGGCUCCCCCACCCCAACCCGGGCCCCAGCUUCUGGUCCAGAAAGGAUUCUGUGAGUGACCCAGCCAGCCAGGUCCUGCCGGUCCCUCGGGCUGAGCCACAAGGGCGUGCACACACACGGACACACACACA